UUGGCAUCAUGGUGGACUCCCAUUAUGUUUUACCCAACGACAUUGGGAUCGCGACGUUGGAUUGUGCCGAAGCUUUUGAGCUGUUGUCCGCGGAAGAGAAAUUUUACGCUCACUACUUGUCACGCGCUUGCUGGUAUGGGGGACUGGUGGUCCUGUUACAAACGUCCCCGGAAUCUCCCACCAUUUACGUCCUCCUCUCCCGCAUCUUCCGAACUCAGGACCCGAAUCAGUUACAAGAGGUGGCCCGUUCGCUCGGCGUCACGGAUGAAGAAUAUCAGGCACUUCUGGUUUACACGGCGGCCAUUUACGCCAAUAUGGGCAACUACAAGUCCUUCGGUGACACCAAAUUUGUCCCCAGCCUUCCCAAGGAAAAACUGAAGAAACUGGUGUGGGCGAGCCAGGCAUUUUUGCAAAACCCAGAAGAGAUGGAAGCUUUGUGGGAGAGCUGCGAGAAGCUAAUGUACUCCCUGGAGCCUCUUCAGAGGCAUUUAGGGCUCCGUGGGGAGGGGGUUUCCACCUACUUCUCUGCAAAUUGUUCCAUGGAAGAUGCGAAGCUGGCUCAGAAAUUCCUGGAUUCUCAGAGCCCCAACUUGAUGAGAUGAAAGUCAAAACGAAGCAAUUCCAGUUUGAGGGUUGCACGUUUACCGUCACGCGGGGUGAUUACAGCCCGAUUCUGCAGAGGGUUGUGGAGAAUUUGCAGAAAGCGCAGCAACAUACCGCUAGGCCCGUUCAGACGGAGAUGUUGGAGCACUACGCAACCAGCUUCAGGCAAGGCUCCAUCCCAUCCCACAAAGAGGGGUCUCGCUGCUGGAUUCGCGACAAAAGUCCCAUCGUGGAAAGGUGUUUAGAUGCCACAUCUGACGAUUCGGGGGCUUUCAACUUUGACAAGUCUGCCGUGAUCAACCCGGAGACGGGAGAAUUGAUUCGGAGUUGGUACCAAGGGGGCGAGACUUGGGACAGCAAAUUCUCCAGCGUGGCCUCGAGUUACGAAGAGUGCCGGGCAGAAUGCGUGGGUCUCUACCUCUGCUUGAACAAGGAUGUUCUCCGGAUCUUUGAACUGAAAGGGGAAGAUGCUGAAAAUGUGAUCUAUAUUAAUUGGCUAAAUAUGGUGCGGGCAGGACUUCUGGCUCUGGAAUUCUAUACCCCUGAAUCUGGUAGCUGGCGCCAGGCCCACAUGCAAGCCCGCUUUGUGAUUUUAAGAGUGCUGCUGGAGGCUGGCGAGGGCCUGGUGUCCCUGCACCACACCACGGGGAUGGACGGGAAACCCGACGCGGCUGUCUUGCUGGACCGCACCAAGAUCACCUCCGUGGGAAAACCAGCUCUGGAAAGUUUUCUCCGGAAGCUGCAAAUCCUGAAAUCGACUGCCGACGUGGAAGGGGGCCGAAAGCUUUACGAAGCCUAUUCAGCUGUGACGGACGACAAACCGGAACGCUUCCUAAGCCUACGCAAGACGGUGCUUUUGCGCAAGGAAGCACGGAAGCUCUUCGUCCAAGCCAACACCCGUCUGGAGGGCGGCAAAGUCCGACUGACUCAGUACGAAUCCAGCGCCGGGGGGCUGAUCCGUUCCUUCUCCGAACGCUUUUCCGAGGACGCCGACAUCCUCGAGCGGGAAUUGCUGGAGCUGACUCACGCCGAUGCUCAUUUUUGGCAAAGUUAAGGCUGCAGGGCGGGUGAGAGGGGG